CGCCGAACGGAAGUCCGGUUCCACGCUUUUCGGAGAGCGUUCUGGAGGCCGGAAGGAGUUUCCACCGGCGGCCACAGGCCGGCUGGCAGAGCGUCCGCUCGAACGCGUGGUUGGCGGGCGCGUGGCAGCUUAUAGACGCGUGUCGCCGGAGCUCUUGGCUUGAGCGCCGGGGUCUGAAGUGACGGGGAGGCCGGCGCCAGUGAACGAUGGUGGGGCGAUCCCGGCGUCGCGGAGCGGCCAAAUGGGCUGCUGUGCGAGCCAAGGCCGCACACGGCGCCGCGGACGUGAACGACAACGAUAUGGACCCGCCGCCGUCGCCGGGAGACCCCAGCUACUUCCAGGACCAGGUCGACCAUUUCCACGAGGCCCGAGCCCGGGCCGCCCUGGCCAAGGGCUGGGACGCGACGGAGAGCGGGGACGAGGACGAGGACGACGAGGAGGAGGUGAUGGCGCUCGAUGUUGAGGACGAGGAAGAUGGAGACAGUGAGCGGGACGACGACGACGACGACGAUGAUGAUGAUGGCGGUGGGAGCUCCGAGCACAGUGAGGCGGAGGCCUCGGCGGACCCCAGUUUAUCGUGGGGUCAGAGGAAGAAGCUUUACUACGACACGGACUACGGCGGCUCCAAGGCGCGGGGCCGGCGGAGCCAGCAGGAGGAGGAGGAGGAGGAGCGGGAGGAGGAGGAGGAGGCGCAGCUGAUUCAGCGCCGCCUGGCCCAGGCCCUGCAGGAGGACGACUUCGGGGUCACCUGGGUGGAGGCCUUUGCGAAGCCAGUGUCGCGGCCGGAGGAGGCCGAGACGCGGGUCGCCAAGGACCUGGCGAAAGUUUCCGUGAAAGAGAAGCUGAAGAUGCUGCGCAAGGAGUCGCCGGAGCUGCUGGAGCUGCUGGACGACCUGAAAGCCAAGUUGACGGAGGUGAGCGACGAGCUGGAGCCCCUGCUGCAGAUGGCGGAGCAGGGGGUCAUCGCGCCCGGCCGCGGGAGUCAGUACCUGAGGACCAAGUACCACCUCUACCUCAACUACUGCGCCAACAUCAGUUUCUACCUGGUCCUGAAAGCCCGGAGAAUCCCCGCCAGCGGACACCCCGUCAUCGAAAGGCUGGUGACCUACCGGAACCUCAUCAACCAGCUGGCGCCCGUGGACCAGCAGCUGACCCCGGAGAUCCGCUGUCUCCUGGCACUGAGGGAUGGGACUGACCCCAAAGCAAAACUGACCAGAGCCAAACCCAGACGGGCAACAGGCAGCGCAGCUGUCACCCAGGUCGGCGACGGCUCCGACCUGGAGGAAGAAGCCGCGUUGAGUUACUACCAAGAGAUGGAAGACAAGCAGAAGUUAAAGAGAAAGAAGGAGGAAAGGGAUGCCGAAGAAGCGGCUCUCGAAGAUCCAAAUGCCAAGAGAGCCAUUACCUACCAGAUAGCUAAAAACCGGGGACUCACGCCUAGGAGGAAGAAGAUCGAUCGCAACCCCAGAGUGAAACACCGGGAGAAGUUCCGAAGGGCCAGGAUUCGCCGGAGGGGCCAGGUUCGCGAAGUGCGCAGAGAAGAACAGCGAUACAGCGGGGAACUUUCCGGCAUCCGUGCGGGAGUUAAAAAGAGCAUUAAACUUAAAUAAAGGGCCUGCUGACCUUGUGGUUAUUGGUACUGAUUCUGGGUCAAUACCCUUGUUGUUUGUUUGUUUACUAGUGAAUUGAUUGUAUUAGAAUAUGACUUUAGCAUUGUUAAUUUUUUUUUUCUGUCAACUGAAGUUUAUUGGCUAUUGUUCGAUUUAUUUGCCCUUGGAUUUAUACUGAGGGUGACAUCAACAACUGUGGGAGCAAUAUGAAAGUGUUUAGGAAAAGAUAGUGAUUUAAAAAAGUUUAAUUUUCUGUCAAGCCUAGAAAAACCUUCAUACCUAUUUGUGGUGAACAAUUAUUUUUUUAAUAAAGUGAAAAGAAUGCACUUUGGAAAAAAA